AUGCACGGCCCCCGGCCCAUACCGACGCCAAUAACAGCGUCCGGGUCCAACGACAACAACAGCAAGGACGGCAAGGAUAGUAAGGACACAGAUAGUUUCGUGCGCGCGGCGCCGCCGUCAACGGCGGAGGGGCCAGGGGUGAACGGGGGCUCCUUAGGGGCGGGAGCGGGUGGGGGCUCCGCAAAUCAAGCACCUGCAGGCGAUGGCGGCGGCAGCGGUGCGGCGAACGAUGCUAUCCCGGACCCCGCCGACGGUGGGGGGGUGGGGGGGGGUGGGGGGGCCGCGGGGCCCCUGGAAUUGUUCCUGGCGCGGGGGGAGAAGCUGCCGGUGGUCUUGCUGACGUGCGAUCGGCAUGACCUCCUGGAGGAGACGAUAGAGAGCCUCCGCAACGUGCGCGGCAUGGAUAUGAGCACCGUCAUGGUGCUGCAGGAUGGCACCAAUGACAAGGUCGCCGCCGUCGUGCGAGAGCAGAACCUGUACCUCAAGCAAAACACCCAGGCACCCGGCCUCAGGGGUGGUCCCAAGCCAGGCGACAACGGCGCGAAGAGGAUCGCGAUGCACUACAAGUUUGCCCUGCAGCACGCCUUCGAAAGGCACCCACAGGCCCCUGCUGUUGUGAUCGUGGAGGACGACCUGCUGUUCUCGCCCGACUUCCUUGAGUACCUGGAGACCAACGCGCCGGUCCUGGAGAGGGACCCGACCACCCUAGUGCUUAGUGCGUGGAACGACAACGGCUACACCGGAAGAGUUUCGGACAAGGCGGAGCUGAAGCGCACCCUGUACUUCCCGGGCCUGGGUUGGCUCCUUACCAGAAAACUUUUCGACGAGCUUGGACCCAAGUGGCCAAGCCAGCACUGGGACCAUUGGUUGAGAGAUCCCAAGCAGCACCUGGGGAGGGAGUGCAUCUACCCCGAGGUUCCGCGAACGUACCACAACGGUGUCCGGGGCACGUUCAUGGACCAAGCCAUGCACGACCGGCUGUUCAAGAACAUCGGGUACAACCAAGAUGCCUCGUUCUCUUGGAAAUCGGCCCAGCCCGGGGGCGGGGGAGGAGGAAGCCCGCCGGGCUAUGCGAAGGGCAUGACGGAGAACUACGAGCGAAGGAUGGAGGCUCGAAUAGCAAGUGCCCGACACAUCAACAACCUCAAUGAUCUGCCCACCUCAUUGACACCGCAAGAGAACGAGCAGCUGGUGAUGUGGUACACCCUGCAGGAGACGGAGGGGCCGCCUGCCCGGAGAGGGGCCAAGCCCAAGCCUUCCCCCUUCAAGCCUCUCUCCGAUGUCUUCGGGAUCUGGCACGAGUAUCGGAGGGGCGAGCACUCUGGGAUGCACAGCCUCCGGUAUUGGAACGCGCACGUCAUGCUCAUCAACGCGGCCAAGUCUCCGUACGUGAAGUUGAAGCCGGACGGGUUGGUGCCGGCACCGAUGAACGCGUUGCGCGGGGAGCUAUCGCAUGUCGGGCCUUUGAUGAAGACACCUGCGGAACGUGCGGCCAUGUCAUGCGAUGACGUCUGCGCUGCAAAGGCAAGACAUGAUAUGUAAGGAGUCGUCUUUCCAGCUCCUCAACUCUUGUGGGCUACUGAAGGACCACUUCCCGUGCACGGCGUGUACAGAGAGCAACGGGUUUGAGCAGCCCUGCUACGUUGAGCUGGACGCGCCGGAGGAAAACCUCCCGGGGCAGUGCCUAAUCUCGUCGAACCCACGGCAUUCGACAUGUUCGGCUUCCCACGAGGUCACGCGACGGCUGUGUCCUUGCGCGGCGUCUGGUCGAUGAAAGGAGGGUGGUUCGUAAGUCGCCCACGCGAGCAUAAAGAGGGACAGCAGUGAUUGGCCUCGUCCGUAUGCGCGCCGACUUCAGGGCCUGUCUGUGGGCGGGCUGUUGACAUUGAGCACGUUGUUCUGCAUUUUUGGAAAACGGAAGAAGAGCUUCUUCUGCUUUGCUUCUCAGAGCGAUGUUUCGCCAAGAAAAUGUUGGUACCUAUCUGUUUGUUGAGUUUUUGUGUGUGGUAGUACACAACGGUGAGGUGCGUGCUCGUUUGUUGCAAAUAUAAGCAAGGGCGGAAAAGGGUUCAUCAGUUCGAUGAAGGCAGAGAUCGCUUCGAAGGAAGUCUAGAGAUCGCAGCCAACAUCAAGAUCGUAGGUCCGCGUCCUCGUCGUUUCAUUUUUUUUUUUCGCAAAGAUGUUCGCCUUCUGUGUCCGUAGAACAAAAGGGAGAGUCCGGGCUGGAAAAUGUCAAUGGAUUCAUCAUAUCGCUAUAUAUUUUUUACGGAGUUCGCGGCGUUCGUGCUAUCCGAACGAGAAAAGAGCGAAGCAGGCGUUGCCUUCUCUUUCGAUGGGCUUGACGUUUAACCUGUAGGACACCAAAGUGUCUCGUCGGCUAGGCUGGAGAAGGAGCAGAUGUCGGAGUAAUCGCUCUUUCUUCUGUCAUCGCCGCAUGUACGAUGGAUCGGCCGCGCCUCUCUCGCAGACUUAUAUUAUUUUGUUUUCAGCAUAGAGACGACAGAACGGAGAAGGUAGAGGCUUGUUCAUUCCGUUGCUUGGGCCUCGUAAUAUGUCCUUCUCGGUCUGGUGGGGGGGGGAAGACCUUGCGUAGUGUUUUUUUUUUUUUGUUCCCGGGGCGAAUCUAUUUGGACGAGCGAGUGAGCGAGUGCUACAUUUGAGGUCGUUGAUGUGGUCUUUUGUUCUUGGCCUGCUUGGUUCACAGCAGUGUCGAGGAGACGAGAAAACACCAGGGAGCGUUGGGUCUGCACGGGCUGACACGUUGGAACGGGGAUCGAUGUCAUCGGCUGUAUAAUGGCCCGGCUGAGCUUUCGCGUGGCGCUGUUUGACGCCACCUGUAAGGUACAUGUUGCGUGCAGCCCUGGUGCGUGCGCUGAGACUGAUCGUGUUGGUGAAAUAAUAUAUAAGUUGGUACUUCUAGGUGGUGGUAGAAACGACAUGGGUCCAAGAAGAAUUUCGGAGUGGGUAGGUGGUGGUUCGCUUUGUUUUUUCAGUAAUUUGCGUGUUUUCUCAUUCGAGUUGUGUUUUUGUGGAUGAAAUCCCUCGCGCUUAUCGAAACGCGCUAGCUGUUUCGCUCUUUCGGUCAUGUUAUUUGUCCGCUGCCGCUUCAAUAGGCGGGGGGAACCUACAGCAGCAGCAGCAGCAGCCCUUGCGUGUGUGAUGUUCCUGUUCGAGUGAAGCCAGACUGCGGGGUGGCGCCGGCGGCGACAUUUCGUUAAACACGGUUUUACUAACAGUAUGGUAUUGUAUUGUACUUU